AUGUCAUCUGCCCAAGUGCCCGUUUGGCUGGAUUGCGAUCCGGGCCACGAUGAUGCCUUUGCCAUUCUGCUGGCAGCUCACCACCCCAGAAUCAACCUGCUAGGUAUUUCAACAGUCUUUGGAAAUGCUUCCCUCGAACACACGACGCACAAUGCCGCUUCCAUUCUGACAGCCUUUGGCAAGCACAAUGACAUUCCCCUAUACGUCGGCCUCAACAAGGCCCUCGAGCGACCUGCCCUCCAUGCGCCGACCGAUAUUCACGGCGAAAGCGGCCUCGACGGCACCGAGUUGCUCCCCGUUCCGAAAUGCUCUCCGCGCCCUGAGCCGGCCAUCGACGCCAUGGCCGCCGCUCUCAAGGCCCAGCCGGCCGGCACGGCCUGGAUCGUGGCCACCGGCACCGUCACCAACGUCGGCGCUCUAUUCCGCAAGUAUCCGGAACUCGUCGCGCACAUCAAGGGCCUGAGCAUCAUGGGCGGAUCCAUCGGAGGAGGCUUCUCCGACGCGCCGCUGGGCAAGGUCGACGGCAAGGAGCGCAUCGGCAACACGACCCCGUACGCCGAGUUCAACAUCUUCGUCGACCCGGAGGCGGCGGCCGAGAUAUUCCACAACAAGGAGAUUGCCAAGAAGAUGUUCAUGGUGCCGCUGGAUCUGAGCCACCAGGUCUUGGCUACGGAGAAGGUCAGAGAUCUUCUGCUGUACGGCAAGGAUGGCGAGAAGACGGGAACUGGCAAGACGACGCUGCGCACAAUGCUCGUUGAGCUGCUCUACUUCUUCGCCAAGACUUAUGCUGACGUCUUUGGUAUCACCGCCGGCCCACCCCUCCACGACCCUCUCGCUGUCCUCGCAGUCCUGCUCGGCACCCCUGACGAGAUCGCCGUUUACGACUGGGAUGAGAAGAAGAGCCAGUCGCCUAAACACAACGAACGGUUCGAUGUCACCGUCAUUACCGAGGGCACGAUCGAGGAGGCCAAGCUCGGAGAGAAGCAGACCGGCCGGACGAUCGCCAAGGCGCUGCCUGCCGGAGAAGAGGGCGUGAUUAUACCCAGGGGAGUGGACGUGGAUCGCUUCUGGCAGGUGGUCGAGGAGUGCAUCGAGAGGGCGGACGAGACGAACCGUAACCUGAGCAACUAA